AUGAGCUUCUGGAAGCUCACCAAGGCGCUCGCGGCGGCACCGACCGACGGCAUCAACGGCGUCCUCGCGCCGCUCAAGGCCCUCGACGACCACGUCGACCCACCCGUCCGCUCCCCCUCCUCGUCGCCCUCGACCUCGUCUGAACCCGACCACCUCUCGCCCGACGACCUCGCCGCCCACUAUCGCGCCCUCGACACGCUCCUCGCAGAGCCCGACUUGCUCUCGGAGAUCAAGAGCGGCAGCAACCCUCGCCUGACCGACUUCCUCGCCCGCAAGGAGAUCGUGCUCCGGCUCGGCGGGUGGGUCGUCUGGGGGCUCGGGCGCGGCUUCGUCGACCCGCACGACGCGGCAGAUGACGAGGGCGGCGCGGCCGCCGGGCGCGGGUUCGACUCGGGCCUGCUGCCGGACGAGAUGGAGCAGGGCAAGGUCCCCGACGAGGUGCUCGCGGCGGGCGAGCGGGAGCGCAAGGGCAUGGGCGGGGUUCCGAGGCGGCGGGACGUCACGGCCGAGGGCAAGUUCGCCGAGGGCGACCCAGUCGAGGAGACGGACUUUGAGCGCAAGUCGGCCAACUAUCCUCGUAUUUGUACCGAGAUCCUCGUGUCGAGCUCGCCAAGCCUGACCGACAGCCUGUUUCGCCACGACUCGGCGUCGAGCAAGCCGCACACCUGUCCCUCUCCCGCCUCGUUCCUCCUCCCGUUCUGGGAGAGCAUCCUCGGCAGCACCGAGCUGCAGCUAGCGUCGCGAGCGCAGCAAGUCGGGUUCUGGGCGCGCGUCAAUAGCGUCCUCCUUGACGGGCCCAUGGGCCAGGAGGUGCUCUCCCAGAUCCUCACCAUCCCGCACCUUCCAGCACGCCUGCUCGCCCUCCUCCCCUUCUGCUCGCCGAUCAACGACCUCCUCCUCCUCCUUCUCCGCGUCUCUCGACCUCCCUCUCCACUCGUCCCCUCGGCCGUCACGCAGACGAUCCGCAUGCUCGACCCGUUCUCGGCGCUCGGCAAGCCCGGACACGUCGCCGCCGAGGAGCUCCUGCGCGGCAUCAUCGAGAUCUGCCUCGCCGUGCCGCGUGCUCAAGGCGGCGCAGGCGGGCCCGGCGGUGCGCCGUUCGGUGGACCGGGCGCAGGACCAGGCGCGGGCGAGGAGCCCGUGUUCGAGUGGAGGGACACGACGCUCGCGCGCAAGAUCGCCGACGAGAAGAGCGUCCGCACCCUCCUCGACUGGGUUCUCGCCGGGCAGGACGAGGCGGCGCCUGUACGGCCGGCGCCCGUCGUCGAGGACGCCGCACAUGGGCCCGCGCCGGCGCUGUCGCCGAGCGACGCAGCCUCGAGCGAGGCCGGCUCGGCCACGGUCGUCGACGAGCAGGACGACGACGCGCGACAGCGCGAGCUGCGCACCUCGUCGCUCAUCUCGUCGCUCGCCGUCCUCACCGAGCUUAUCCGCAAGAACAACUCGGACUUUGUCGAGCAGCAGAUGCUCACGUGGGCCCGUCGGCGGCAGGCCGCCGAGGCCGAGCGCGAGCUGCUCGAGGCGGACGGCGCCGAGGUCGUGCGCGACCCUCGAGACGAGCACGACGACCGCGUCGACGACAAGGGCCCGUCGGUCGUCGACCUCGGCACGAUGCUGUCGCUCGUCGCGAGGCGGAUCGGCGAGUUCCAGCAGCUCGUCCAGAAGCCUCGAAGCUCGACCGCGCCCGUCCGCACCGCCGGCGGCAUGCUCUCGCCGCUCACCCUCGAGCGGUUCCGCAUCUGCGAGUUCUACGCCGAGCUCCUCCACUGCUCCAACAUGUCCCUCCUCAACCGCGCCGACCGCACCGCCGCCCUGUACGACGAGAACGGCCACCUCGCGCGCGGGUUCGACGCCGCCGACGAGCUCGCCGCCGCCCUUGCCGCACCCGGGCAGUCGUCGGCCGAGGACGAGCUCGACCUGCCCCGAGGGCUGCAGAGCCCCGAGUUGCCCGUCCCGUCCGACUUCUCGACCAGCCCGAACGACCACAGCUUCGGGCCGUACUCGGGCAUGUCGACGCCGUCCGGGCGCGAGUCGCUCGACGAGGAGUCGGGCGGCGUCCUCACCAAGGCCGAGGCCAAGGAGCUCAAGGCGAUCAUCGCCGCGGCGGGCAAGAUUGACGAGGAGGACGACGACGGCGACGACGAGCGGGGCAAGGUUGCGGCGGACGAGGGGCAGGAGGUGGACCCGGCGUCGACGCCGGGAGCGGCGACGAGCGACGGCGCCAAGCGCGACAGCCGGACGUCGAACGGCUCGUCUACGCGCGAGGAGCACGACCUGCCGCCUACGCCGAGCGUCUACUCGGUCGCGUCGCGGCAGCUCCCGGCCGUGCCUCUUCCGCCAGGGCCUCUCCUCAAGAGCAAGUUCCUCGAGCACGGCGUCAUCCCGACCAUGCUCACGCUCUUCUUCGAGUUCCCGUGGCACAACUUCCUGCACAACGUCGUGUUCGACCUCGUCCAGCAGAUCUUCCACGGCCGCCUCGACCGUACGCUCGACCGACAACUCGCCGAGUCGGUCUUUACCGACGGUAAGCUGUGCGAGCGCCUCCUCGACGGUCAAAAGGCCAACGAUGUCGCAGCCGCGGCAAGGACCAACAUGCGCCUCGGCUACAUGUCCCACCUCGUCCUCAUCGCCGAGGAGGCGGUCAAGCUGUUCGAGCGCUUCCCCGAGCUGCACCAGGCCGUCGAGUCGUCGAUCCCGCAACCUGCCUGGAGCGAGUUCGUGUCGACGACGUUGCGCGAGGCGCGCGAGCGCGACUCGGCGCCGCUCGGCGGCGGCCGCACGGGCCUCAGUCUGUCGAUCGACAAGGCGCCGUCGGCAAGCUCGCUCAGCGACGAGGACGACGAGUUCCCGAUGAACAGCGCGAGGGCGAUGCGCGCGAUGGACGCUGCGGGUGGGCCGGGCGGUGGCAGCGUCGGUGGAGCAGAAGGUGGCGGGCUCGGCAAGAUGGCGGCCGCGGCGGACGUGGGCGGGGCAAGCAGCGUCUCGGACCAGUUCUCGCGGUAUCUCGCCGACGCCCUCACGAGCGACCGCGCCGUCGGCAGCUCGGACGAGGACGACGAGGACGACAACUGGCUCGGCGGCAGCCGCUUCGACCCGGGCGACGUCGACUUUGAGCUCGACGCCGACGCCGACAGCCGCACGCCGCGCGCUUUCGGCUUUGACGACCGCUUCGACGCUGCAGGCCCGUCGGCGUUCGGCUCCCGGGUCGGCUCGACGGACGAUGACGGCGAGUGGGCGUCGUACAGCACGGGCCAGUCGGCUUCGACCUCGGGCGCCGACGCGUUCGGCUCGGACGACUUCAGCCCGACCGUCGCCUCGACUUCUGCGACCUCGCACGACGGCUUCACCUCGUUCGCUCCGACUUUCGGCUCCGACUUUGUCUCGGCGUCGUCGUUGAGCGCGCCGCAGCAGGACGAGGACGACUUUGGCGACUUUGAGGGCGGCGACUCGAGCGAGGCGUUCCCGUCCGGCGCCUCGAUCACGCUCCCGCCGAUGGACUCGUUCGACGACUUCGACUUUGGCGAGGAGACUCGCGCCGGCGGUCCCGCCGCGCCGAGCUUUGGCGGCGCCGUCGACCGCCCGCCUUUCGCGCGCACGGCGACCGAAGAGGAGGACGGGUCCGACCGUUUCGGCCGCCUCUCGCUCGGCGACAUGUCGGAGCCAGGCAGCCCUGCCGAGGUCCAGGACAAGCCGCUGCCGAGCAUCGACGACGCGCUCGCCAACGACGCCCUCGCCACCUCGCACGACGACCCGCACGAUGGCUCUACCGCCGCCGACCGAGCGACCUCGCCGACCGAGCCUCUCGGCCCGAGCGUGCAUCCCGGCGCACACCUGACGCACGACGGCAUGGUCGAGGUCGAGGUCGAGGGCAGGACGGUCCGAGCGCCGGCCGACGACAUCAUCCUCGCGCACCGCCGCAACAGCCUCGACGGCACGCAGUGCAGGCCGUCGUUCGAGCAGCGCAGGACCUCGUCGUCGUCGUCGAUCGGUCGCAGGUCAUCAUCAACUGAGCGCGACAACGUCACGCCGUCGUCGUCGUCCUGAGCGAGCCGCAGCCCGUAUCUCUCUUGUUGUACUCGCCCUCUUUCUCUCUCUCCUCUCGAUACCCCCCUCUGCCUGUACCGCCUCUCGCUCCCUCUCUCUCGAUACACCUGCAAAGCAUCUCGCU